AUGGAUCUUAAACACCCACCGGCCUCCUGUUGUUUACAAACAAAUGUCACAAAUAAACAGUUUUAUGCAGAUCCAUCUGGAGACUACCCACCAAUGACAGAUGUUACCGCUGAACAUAUUGAAAGGCUUUCAGUGCUUGACCAUCGAUGUCUCCAGAGCAUCGCCUUGAUCCAGUGGGAACACCGGAUCAGUAAUGCUGAAGUACGCCGGGUUGCUCUGGUUUUGCAAUGUGCUCCCUAUGCCAGUCAACUGACUUCCUCAAAAGGCUCUUUUCGCUCAACCAUCCGAAGAGUAGAAAUGAGCAAGGGGUGCUCAAACAAUGACUUGACAGUGAUGUAUGGAAGCUGUUACCAGAAAACGCAUUUUCGCUUGUCAUUACUUUCUUCUUGGUUUGGAACCCCGAGUCGGAACACAUCAAUGAUUGGAGACUUUUUUAGACAUGGUCCAGUCGCGCCGUCAAUGGCGCUCGUGCAUCCAAGCCAUUGCUUUCAGUUCAUGGCUUCUCUCCCAAUCUCCUCAAUAAAAAGUCCAGUGACGACCCUGUAUUUAUGCAUCAAUUGUAUCAGCUUCCGCCUCCAGUACACCGCUAUCUACCUACCUCUCCAAAUAAUCAGUGAACGAAACUGUGGCAGCUAUAACCACUGUACGACAAAUAUGUGGUUUUUGCAGCUGUUGAUGAUCAUGAGUGUCGGUAGUUCGCUGCUCAGUCGACUCAACUCCAAGCUUCCUUGGAUACUGCCAGAACAAAUGGUCAAUGUGAGGAAACAAAGAAACAAUGAGGACAAAGCUGCAAAGAUGGUUGGAGGCACACAGCGGUCACACGGAAUUCUGCAGUUGCACAGCCACGGGCGCAGGAAAAUUGCACACAGCAUUUUGGACACAGAACGAGUAGUCAAGAAGGCCGUCUGA